GUUAAUCAGAUGUCCAGCUCCAAAAAUAUAAUCAAAUCCUGAAAUGCGUCAAUCCAUUCGUAUUAAGCGCCAGGUAGCCCCUGCCAAGCAGAUUGGGGGCGAAAUGUGUCACCUGCGAUGAUUCUCUCGUCGUCCUCACAAGUUGGAGGCCCUUCCAGAAAUUAUAUUGAACUUGAGGAUCGCAGCAAUUUUGAAUGCUGAUUGAUGAUAAUUAAUCCCUAUUUAGCUCGGCAACGAUGUCCUCCAAUGCCCCAGUAGCGGUAGACCCUUGGACCGAAGCCUUCAACAUUCUUGAUCCAGAAGAUCAGAAGCGCCUGAAUCAACCCGAUACGAGCCUCCUGGAUGUCCUUGAAUCCAUAAAAAUUGACACCGACUCUCGCAAAGAGAUCUGCCGCGAGAAGGGGUGGAAGGUCGGCGAGAAUAAAAACGGCGAGAAAGUCACCUUGCGCCAUGUGUUGGAGAAAGUCUCCGUCUGGGUAAAGGAGACCAUCAAGGUUGUUGAUGUCGUGGUUUCGAUGGAUAAGAGUGGCCAGGCGGCUUUGCCGUGGGCUGCUGUGAAGUUUUUGAUCUCGAUCGGAACAAAUGACAUCGCUUUGUUCACUAACAUCGCAGAAGCGGUGGAGACUAUUGCCCGGCUUAUCGCGCGAUAUACAGUCUUUGAAAAGCUGUAUCUCCAUGAAGACUGCGAGUCCAUGCUCAAGCUUCGCGAGUCACUUCGAGAGCUGUAUGCUGCGAUUCUACGUUAUCUCUCCAAAGCAAAGGACUAUUUCACUGGGAACUGUUUGAAGCGAUUCGGCCGAGGACUGUUGGAUAUGCUGCGUAAGGAAUACGAUGAGUUGUGGGCCAAGAUUAAUGAGACGGAAGUGGAAAGAUGGGCAAAACUAGUCGAUGCCGAGUUAAAUCGGAAAACUGCCAAACAGGCGGGCGAGCAGCACGAGCAGUUGAAAACUAUUCUGCAUAACAUGGAACAGCCUAUAAUGCAUGUUUCGCACCAGCUUGCUGCUAUCCAGGAUAAGCUCGACAGCGACGAGCGCAUGGAAGUGUUUCACUGGAUCUCCAGGAUCGAGUAUAAGAAGCAUCACGAAGAACUUUCGAAAGGUGUUUUGCCUGGCUCCGGGGCAUGGUUGCUUCGUAGUCCCGAGUAUAUUCAAUGGGGGCAAUCGAGUGUGUCUUCGAUUCUUUGGCUGCAUGGCAUACCCGGUUCUGGAAAGACGAAGCUAGUUUCGGCGGUCAUAAACAAUAUCCAGCAGCAUUCUACCUCACCCGUCGCUUACUUCUACUGUAAUAGAAGUAAUGCAGAGGGUGAACGGUCCAUACCCCGGGAGAUAAUUCGGGCUAUUCUAAGGCAGCUGGCGAGCAGCGAUCCCGAUGUUCCCAUCAAGGAACCGGUGGUUAGGGAAUAUGAAUCCCGGAAGGAGCAGGCUCAGAAGGAUGGAUCAAGUCUGAGGGAGCUGACGAUCGAAGACUGCACCAAGCUUAUUCGAGAAAUCACCAGAUCCAACCCCGCCACUAUCAUCAUCGACGCUUUAGAUGAGUGUGAUCAGUUCACUUGUCAUGAACUUCUGGACGCUCUCCAUGAUAUAGUAGCCGGGUCUGAAGAAGUGGUCAAGAUUUUUGUCUCUAGCCGUGAUGACGUUGAUGUCAUAGUGAGUCCCACCGUCAGCAGUGAGGACUACUGCCACAAUCUGACUUGUCCCAGGGCCAAAGUCUAGAGAACUGCGCACAUAUUCCAAUCAGCCCCAGCCAGAACGGCGGCGACAUUCGCCGGUUUAUCGAUUCAGAGCUGGAUCGGUUGAU